AUGAAGCAAGUCCUCAGGAUCCGCUUAACUGGCCCUCGCCGUCAAUCAGCGCUUUCGAUCGAUCGACUGAACCACUAUCCGAACUCAUACUCGACCCAAGCAACCCCUCCCCCCGCUUUCUGCUUUGAUAUCGAUGGGGUCCUCAAGCAGGGUGCCCAUGUCCUCCCGCAAGCCAGGAAAGCCAUAGCCAUCUUGAAUGGUCAAAACUCGGCCCAAAAAAGUUUCCCUUUCAUCCUAUGUACCAACGGGGGCGGGACUCCUGAACUCGAAAGAAGUAAGAAACUGUCUGAAGAACUUGGAGUUCCCAUUACUCCCAGCCAAUUGGUCCAAUCGCAUACCAUCUUCAACCAGUUCCUAAGCUCUUAUUCCGAUAAACCGAUCUUGGUUAUCGGAGGUCGUGCUGGAAGGUGCCGAUUGGUAGCUGAAGGGUAUGGCUUUCAACACGUUUACAUCCCUCAAGAUAUCUUGAAAUGGAAUCCAUCCAUUUGGCCAUUCUACAAGCUCUCCGACCAAGAAUCUCGAAUAGCUAAAACAGCCGACUUUUCCAAGAUUCCGUUCAGCGCGGUCUUUGUCAUGCACGACAGCUUUGAUUGGGGGCUUGACACCCAAAUGGCGAUCGAUGUUUUAACUUCGAAAGACGGAAUCAUCACCAACCCGAUUGACUGUACUCCAAACAUCAAGACCAAUAGUAUUCCAGUCUAUUUCUCAAACCCAGAUUUCUUGUGGGGGAACGAAUUCUCGAGGCCUCGGUUUGGACAGGGAGCUUUCCAGACCGCCCUCCGUGCUAACUAUGAACGAUUGACAGGUCACCCAUUGGAAGCCUGGACAGGUGGCAAACCGACUCGAGCCACAUACGAUUUUGCAAACCAGCUCCUAAAAAAUAUCCUCCGUGAUCAAUUUAAUGGCCAAGAUUUGGGAGCAGUUUAUAUGAUCGGUGACAAUCCCGCUUCUGAUAUUCAAGGCGCGAAUAAUUACGGUUGGUCUUCGGUGUUGGUAAAAACCGGAGUUUUUAAGGGAAACAAGCCAGAAGAUGCUGCGCAUGUACCCACAAGCGUCCAAAGCGAUGUUCUGGAGGCUGUGCACUGGGCAUUGAGACAAGAAGGACACGCACAUGUGUUGUAA